AUGGCGGCUCAGGAGCGGCCGUACGAGCCCCCAUUACCAUCACGGAUCGCUUCCACGCUCGUAAUCGGCGGCGUAGGCUUCCUUUCGCGCUCCUUUUUGUACCUUUUCAGCAACACCGAGACGCGAGGAUUGGAUGGGUUUCUGCGCUUUCUUGACAAGCGAAGGGAUGAGGCGGAGCGGCAGCGCGGGUUAAUUACUGUUUCGAAUCAUUUGAGCGUACUCGACGACCCCAUGAUCUGGGGCGUUUUGCCUUUCAAGUAUCUGUUCCGCCCGGGGAAUAUGAGGUGGUCGUUGGGGAGCUAUGACAUUUGUUUCAAGAAUGGACAAUCUGGACUUCUAUCCUCGUUCUUUACGUACGGACAGACAUUGCCGACGCAAAGGCUGGCCCACUCCAAGUACGGCGGUCUCUUCCAACCCACCAUGGUGGAAGUCAUCCGCCUUUUGAGCGAUCCGCACGCAGCGUCUACAGCAAACAACCCCACCCUUCCGACCAUGGAGGAGAUCUCAGCACAUCAGAGCCUGCCAGUGUCGGACCCAUUCUCCGCCUCGGAAUUGACGUUUUCAACCAAUGGCAUGGACUCAUUCCCAGCACCAUCAGCCUACCCCAUCCGUCGUUUCAGCUGGGUGCACAUUUUCCCCGAGGGCAUGAUUCACCAGCAUCCGCGCAAAGUGAUGCGCUAUUUCAAAUGGGGCGUUGCGAGAUUGAUCCUAGAAGCAGAACCGUGUCCGGACGUUGUGGCAAUGUGGAUAGAUGGGCCGCAAGAAGUCAUGAACGAAAAGCGUACUUGGCCCAGGCCGCUUCCACGGCCUGGCAAGGCCAUCGCCAUCACAUUCGGCGAGCCGGUGGAUGUGGAGGCUGUUUUUGAGCCUUUCAGACAGAGAUGGCGCGCGCUCAAAGAUAGAGUGCAGCAGGAGAGGCACCAUGCUGAUCGAGCUGAGAUGCCGGUGGAUCGCCUGGGCGAGCUGUCCGAUGAGCAGCUCAGGUAUGGGCGAGAAGCUGAGCAAUUGCGAAUCGAAGUCACCCUGGCCGUGCGGAACGAAGUUCUCAAAGUGCGUCGCUCGUGUGGUCUACCAGACGAAGAUCCGAAGCGUGGACUGGCAGAAACUUGGCGGCGGGAAGGUCGGCAGUCUGCGACUGAGGAAGGCGAGAUGGACGACCGUAGUGUCGUCAAAGACAUGUAA